AUGGGCACUAUUUCCUCGGGUGUGAUUUGGUCAGCCAACAUGGUCUUUCCGAUCCCAGACGGAUAUGACUCUGCCGAUGCAGCGCCGCUUCUCUGCGCGGGCUCUACAGUUUUCACAGUCUUGACCGGCCCUGAUGUCAAAUCAACCGAUCGUAUUGGUAUCAUGGGUAUCGGUGGCCUAGGCCACUUGGCCAUCAAACUUGCUGCAACUAUGGGCCACGAGGUUGUAGUUCUAUCAACCUCUGAAUCAAAACGACAAGAAGCACUGGAAUAUGGAGCGACAGAAUUUCAUGUCUACGAUUCAGAGAAGCCUGCUCCACCCGGCUUUAGACCCUUGAACCAUUUAUUGCUAUGCGGAAAUACUGGAAGCAAAAACUUCAACAAUCUGAUUGAACUCUUGGCCGUCCAUGGCACAAUUUACCCCUUGACCGUUUCUGCGGAGAAUACACCCAUUGAUCUGGGAGAGUUGACUGGUCUAGGAGCUUCCAUCAGAGGAUCACUGACGGCUUCGCGCCGCACUAUUUGCGAAUUGCUUCGAUUCGCUUCUCGGCAUGGAAUCAAGCCAACAGUUAUGACUUUCCCAAUGACGGAAGAUGGAGUCAAACAAGCCAUUGACACGUUAAAAAAUGGGAAGAUGAGAUACCGAGGAGUGUUGGUCCGAUAG